CUUAAUAUUUAUUUCAUUUUGGGUACAGAAAGUGUAACAACUGCAACAAAGUGCAACUAGACUUGUGAUCAUCUGAUUUCAAGGCGCGGAUAAUUGGGGCUCGGGCUCCUUUUCACAUACCGGAUCAUAUAAUUGGAACUGAUUGAAACAAUCAUAAUUGAAUCACCGCACAAAUAAAUAAAAGACCAUUCGAUUCCACAUGACGUCCGCUAUGAUGAUUGCUCGCGUUAGCCGCUCCGUUCUCCACAUGUGCAAGCGAAAUAAAAGGAUCAGUAACCAUCAGCGAUACACAGUUAGACACAGUUCGACCCAAGUCAAUGGCAAGACCUUAGAACGCUUGAUUGACAGGAGCAUACUGCGCGUAAGCGGUAACGAAGCCUCUUUCUUCCUCCAGGGAUUGAUUACGAAUGAUAUGAAACACCUCGACGAAGGGGCGCCUAGCAUCUAUACUUUGUUUCUAAAUAUCCGAGGCAGAGUAAUGUGCGAUGCUAUUGUAUACAAGAGUGAGGAAAGCAACUUGUAUUACGUAGAAUGUGAUUCGCAGAUUGUUGAUUCCUUACAGAAACACCUGAAGAUGUAUCGAGUGAGACGAAAAAUAGAUAUAAAACAUGUAGGAGACAAAAUCAAUGUCUGGUCGAUGUUCAGUUCCAUCAAACAUCUCGAUAAUGGAGCUGCGACGAACGAGACAGAAAAGUUCAAGUUGGAAGGAAUGAUAUUUCCAUGUGGCACGUUUAACAGUAAAACCAGCAAGUUUGUCGACAACGUUAUGAUAUACGAAGAUCCCAGAUUACUUGAUCUUGGCCUUAGAAUUCUCGCCGAGUCACAGAUUAGUAGAAACGAAAUAAUUAAAUAUCUAGACGCUGAUAUAGCUCCAUCAGAGAGUUUUGGAGACUAUAAGGCGUUUCGAUAUAAAUUAGGAAUAGGGGAAGGCAUGCAUGAUCUACCACCUGGGAAAGCAUUGCCCUUAGAAAUCAAUUGCGAUUAUUUACACGGCGUUAGUUUUCACAAGGGCUGCUAUAUUGGCCAGGAAUUAACUGCGCGAAUAUAUCACACGGGUGUAGUCAGGAAACGCCUAAUGCCUUUGUUAUUUGAUAACGUUAUAGAUAAACCGUUUGCGUAUGAUGAGAAAAUUCUUAACGAAUCUGGCAACGCGGUAGGAAAGUUCCGAGGAUGCGUCGCUAAGUACGGAUUAGGCUUGAUGCGUAUAAAUGAAUCUCUUGGUGCCCGACAGCUUAAUGUAUCUGGUAUGAAUGUAAGGGUAGUAAAACCUACAUGGUGGCCUCAAGAAUUACAAAAAGAAAUGGUUUUUGCCAAAGAUACAAAGAAGGAGGAUCUCGUUGACACAUCAGCAGGCAAACCUGGUAUCAGUGAGCAGAUGCAACAGGAUGCUUCUACGAGUCAACAGACGGCAAUGAACGUGGGUGGCACUUUCACAUGUUCUUUUUGUCUUUUAAAGGAGCGCUAUGAUUAUAAAGGUACAAGGCCACCAUUCGCUCGGCAGUUCGUUUAUUCAGAAGAGUGUUAUAUUAUGAAAGAUCCAUUCGGUUUACCAAAUAAGGGCGAAGUCUUGGUCUUGGGCGCCGAUUGCAGUGUGUGCGAACACGCGGUAUGCCUAGGAUGUAGCUUAUUUUACAAAAGACGUUUCUGUUCAAAGUGUGCGUUCAGUAACAUGCAGCAUUUACCACCCCAGUUACAUGGUAAAAUCAGGAAUUUAACAAAACAAGCAGAUUCUUGAAAACAAUGUAAAUGUCUU